AUGUAUUUCACUGUUCGUCGUAUGGGGGUUGACAACAGGGAACAGAACGGUUACCUUGCCACCAACGUUUUCUUGGUUCCUAGAUCUGAUCGCACGUCUCGUGAGCCUGCUCCCCGUUUUUGUGCCACCGAAACGUCUGAUAGUCCUCCCCCUCUUGGUCCUGUCCAAGCCGAUAACCUACUUCGAAGUCACGCUGCUCGGAAAAUCUCGAUGAACUCACAGGAGAUGGUUCAAGAAAGCUAUUCCAUGCUUGAGCCACAAACAAAGCACGACUCCCUUCACCUGAAUUCCGGCGCUUGUGCACAGGACAUUGAAGUCGAUCCAAAUCCUGAUUCCUCUGCUUCAUCGCCCAGCUCCUCUGUUCACUCACCUAUAACGCCUGUCAUAAUACGGCCAAGUUCUGCAUCUGCGACAUCUGAUGGGAGAGAACCCGAAAUUGCGAAAGAUCCUGCAUCUGGUCCUCAACGUGCGAGGUCGACCGGUGCAGCGAGUAGCAAAGGAGACAAGGAAAAGCGCAAACGCUCUCGUGUGACGCCUGAACAACUUGUGCACUUGGAACGUUUUUUCUCUGUGGACAGAAGUCCUACUGCGGGACGGAGAAAGGAGAUCAGCGAGUUACUAGGGAUGCAGGAGCGCCAAACACAAAUAUGGUUCCAAAAUAGGCGAGCGAAAGCCAAGCUUCAAGACGGUAAAAAGGGCCGUGGCGGUAGCAUCGACACACCCCCAGACACACCUCCAGAGUUAUCGACAGGAUACGAAGCUGAACUGCACACACUAAUUCACGAGGAUGAACCCGUGACGAUCAUUCCUUGUACUGAUCUUUCUAUCGGAACAUGGCGGAGAAUCGCGACGACGGUAGGAAAACAUGAUUUGGUUGCCUACCUGUGCGACUCAAAGCGGUGUCUGACGUGGUUCAUACAUUCAUCGGGCUAUGGCUUCAAGAUGGAGAUUCCCUUCGACAUCAUUGUAGACACCGAAUUCACUAAUGCAGCCCCAGGAUCUGGAUUGGCUUCUUUCAUCUUGUCACAGCCACCCACAUUCUACUUGGAGAAUUUUACAUCGCCUUUAUCUAGCCAAGGUCGAGAUCCAAUCCGUCAGUGGAAGAGAUGCGCCGAUUGGACCGAGGGUCAACAAGCUACCAAGAUUCUCCGUCACGACCUUAUUGGCUCAGCAGUCCAAUUAGCGCAUGUGCUUCGCCAUCUCAAUGCUCAUACAUCAGGUUCAGAUAUUCGGCUACACAAUCCAUCCUAUCAUCCAGGAGAAGAGGCAGCACCAGUACUGGAUAUCCCUCAGCCCCCGUUAGUAGCGCUGACUGGGCCAGGGUAUCACUAUCAGGGUGAAGCCCUAGAUUCACAAAGUUCUAGUCACUUAACCAAUGACCGCAAACGCUCGUACUCUGGUCCCACUAUAAUCCAAAACCAUGCCUCACAGCAUGAGUCUACUUUUCCGAGCAUUGUAGUGGAUUCUUCUGGCAGCACUCAGCAGGGAUCUUCGUCCGCCUUCACUCCAUCAUUCUCUCCGUAUUCAGGUCGCCCACAUUCGAUACAACGAAACCACUCCCCCAUGUUUACCGAUUUCCCAGGUGUAGAACAACACAAUGUAUCAAGUCAUGCUCAUUCGUCUCUUGAUUACGGCGCUAUGUCACUUCCACGCAGUGGUGCUUCCCGCUCAUACCCAGUCCCUCCUAUGACAAGGCCGCUUUUCGGUGAAGAUAUGCGGAUUGUUUCAUCCUACCACGCAGAAGGGCACUCUCCAACGUCAACUGGAUUCUCCCAGCCAAGUUUUCAUACCCCGUCACCACCACUGUUGACCACCCCUUUUCACCCCUCCCAAUCCAUAUCCGUCUCACGAGGCGCGGAUACUCUCGAGUCGUCGAUGGUGACAAUGUCUGGGAUGCCUGGUGUAACCUAUGAAUCAGAUGACGACGUACGUCGUUGA